AUGGACUUCCCUUUUUCAGACAUUCUUCAUAUGGUCAUCAUGUCAGUAGAAUUUCUCGUUGGGGUUUCAGUAAAUGGAUUUCUUAUCAUUGUGAACUGCCAUGACUUGCUCCAAAGCAGAAAGCUAAUGUUAUUGCAAAUCCUCUUAAUAUGUACAGGACUGUCCAGAUUUGGCCUACAGAUUAUGCUAAUGGUCCAGAGUUUUUUCUCUGUGCUCUUUCCACUGGUUUAUGAGGAAAAUAUUUACAGUGACAAGAUGUUGUUUGUUUGGAUGUUUUUCAGCUCUGUAGGUCUCUGGUUUGCCACAUGCCUUUCUAUAUUUUAUUGCCUUAAGAUUUCAGGGUUCUCUCAGCACUGUUUUCUUUGGCUGAAAUUUAGGAUUUCAAAGCUUAUACUUUGGUUGCUUCUGGGAAGCUUGCUGACCUCGGUGGGCACGGCAGCUCUGUGUAUAGAGGGAAAUCUCAUUGAAUAUAAUGAUGUCCUGAGAAAUACCACAGUUAUGAGAAAUACAGCCGAGCUAAUAAACAGUAAUAAAUUGCUUCUUGUGAACUUAGCAUUGAUACUUCCCCUGGCCAUAUUUGUGAUGUGCACCUCUAUGUUACUCAUCUCUCUUUACAAGCACACUCAUCGGAUGCAGAGCGGAUCUCAUAGCUUUUCAAGUGCCAGAAAAGAAGCCCAUGUAAAUGCACUGAAAACAGUGAUCACAUUCUUUUGUUUCUUUAUUUCUUACUUUUCAGCCUUCAUGGCAAAUAUGACGUUUAAGAUUCCAUACCGAAGUCAUCGCUUUUUUUUAGUGAAGGAAAUCAUGGCAGCAUAUCCUGUUGGCCAUUCAGUCAUCAUCAUCUUGAGUAACUCCAAGCUCCAAGAGUCAUUCAGGAGGAUAAUAUGCCUUAGGAAGAAACAAUAA